GGAAGGGGAGAGAUUUGUACUUGUUGCUUCUUUAUAAUUGCAUUUUAUAGGUCCAGGGUUCAGGGCACACCUAAAUCAACAGAGAGACGUAACAUACUGAGUUAUGGCUGAACAGACCACCGUCGCCGCCGCGACCGAUUCGCCGUUAAAGAGACCAAGAGAAGGAGAUGAGAACGGCGCCGCCGCCUUUGAAACUAAUGCCCACAUAUCAUCUGUCAUUCCCGGAUGGUUUUCAGAGAUUAGCCCAAUGUGGCCUGGAGAAGCACACUCUUUAAAAGUGGAAAAGAUCUUGUUUCAAGGCAAGUCUGAGUAUCAAGAUGUUAUGGUAUUUCAGUCAGCAACAUAUGGGAAAGUUCUUGUUUUAGAUGGUGUAAUUCAACUUACAGAAAGAGAUGAAUGUGCAUAUCAAGAAAUGAUAACUCAUCUUCCCCUUUGUUCAAUUCCAAACCCUAAAAAGGUUUUGGUUGUUGGAGGAGGUGAUGGUGGGGUGUUGCGUGAAGUAGCUCGACAUACUUCUAUUGAACAUAUAGAUAUAUGUGAGAUUGAUAAAAUGGUUGUUGAUGUUUCUAAAGAUUUCUUUCCUGAUGUUGCUGUUGGAUACGAUGAUCCUCGUGUCAACCUCCACAUAGGCGAUGGAGUUGCAUUCUUGAAAGCUGCUCCUGAAGGAAGUUAUGAUGCUGUUAUAGUUGAUUCUUCAGAUCCAAUAGGUCCAGCUCAAGAGCUUUUUGAGAAACCUUUUUUUGAAAGUGUUGCAAAAGCGUUGCGUCCUGGUGGUGUUGUUUGUACACAAGCUGAAAGCAUAUGGCUUCAUAUGCAUAUUAUUGAAGAUAUUGUUGCAAAUUGUCGCCAGGUGUUUAAAGGGUCUGUUAAUUAUGCAUGGACAACGGUUCCUACAUAUCCAAGUGGUGUUAUUGGAUUCAUGUUAUGUUCUACUGAAGGACCUGAGGUUGACUUCAAGAACCCGGUCAACCCAAUAGAUGCAAUCGAUAAACAAUCUAAAUCUGUGGGACCCUUGAAGUUCUACAACAAAGAGAUCCACUCAGCAGCUUUCUGUUUGCCUUCUUUUGCAAAGAAAGUGAUCGAAGCCAAAGCAGCAAAGUGACAAAUAGGGAGAGAAGGUUAAAAUAGUCAUUUUAGAGUGUCCCGGAUUUUAAAUGUCAGUUGAGAUUAUUUCAUCUGAUUUCUUCGAGUGUCUUUGAAAUAUUGUUAAGGAAUAAAUUCGGGGUUCUGUUUUGGUGAGUGUUAGUGUUUGUGACAAUUUUAGCAAAGUCUUAAUUUUAGCUGUAUUUGAUCAACUUAAAAGCGGUUUUACUUAUCUUUCUGCAAUUGGAACUGAAACUCAACA